CUCGCUGCCCGAAUCGGCCAGUCGUGCCAGCGCGCCACGGAGCCCGGGCCCCGUCCACAUAUUCAGUACGAAGGAACGAACGAGCCGACCGAUCGCCCAGAUCUUGCAAGCCGGGCCUCGUAUGUGCACGCGCGACGAGAACACACGUAGAGAAAAAGAGAGAGCGAGAAGGUUCGUUUCUCCUUGCUCACCGGUCUCUCUCCUGGUCGGUCGGUCUGAGUCGAGUCGAGCCGAGCAUGCCAAGGCGGGGCUCGCUCUGAGACCCUCAGCGAAACGUGCCACGCCGUGUUCUGGACAGUGAAAAACGGCCGAAAACAUUCUCGAUUCAGCGUACUUUUCUAGGGCGACGUGCGCCCUUCCGUUACGCGAGGAACCGCCUGCUCGCCUUGGGCUACCUGCUGCCUUGCCUUGCCUGCCUGCCUGCCUGCUUGCCUGCGUCGACCCGCCUGUGCGUAGCGUAACCGUGGCGGUGGCGGCGGCAUCGGAUCGCGCAGAAAAUGGACACCGUACUCUAGCAGCAACAGCACGCUAGUAGAAACGGGCAGCCUCGAGAGAAAAAGAGAGACGCAUGCCGGGAGAGAAAGAGGGAGAAAUCGCAAAGUACGGCGAUAGUAUGUAAAGCCGCAGCGACGGCGACGAUUACAACCACGACGACGAGAUCGAGGGAACGAAGGGAAAGGGUGAGCGGGCGAUAAAAAUCCGAGGUACAUCUCGAGGCGAUCUACGGGCCGACGAGGAAGCGCACGUCAUUUGGCGACUGUUUGUCGUCGUCGUCGUCGUCGUCGUCGUUGUUGUACGUCGUCGAGGCGCUCGUUCGUUCCGUCCGACGAGGAAAGGCACAAUUUUUCUGAGAUCAGGAGGUCAUCCGGACUGGGGGAUGCCCGGCUCCAACCGUCCUGAGACACGCGGCGCGCGCCGUGUGCUGGCCUGCUGCUGAAUCUUCUCCCGGAAGAGAGCGCGGGUCUCCGUCUCAAAAUACUGUGCGGCGCGGCGCAGCGCAGCGCACACGUUCGCGAGCAGCCAAACGCAAUCAUAUUACCAGAAUGCCUCGGAUAAGGAGACAAGUGAUCCUGGAGGAUCCAGCCAGGCCAGUUACUCCGGACAUGGUGGAGACGAAGUUGUUGAAGUCCGAGUUCCUGGACGAUGGUUCUUUAGAUGAAAUCCAACCUCAAAAAGUAGCGGAAGAAACACCAAGCCCACAUUUACAAGAUCAUCAGUACGGACAGACGCCGUGUUACCAAAUAACGAGGAAACCCACACAACCACCACCAAGAGCUGAGAUAUCGGUUCAAGCGGUAAAAAGAAGACUGAAUUUGGAGGUAGGGACAACUGGUCCCAGCCAGUCUGCCUUCAAAACACCCAGAGGUAAACGCAGAAGAUCCGGCUCAAAUUCUUUAGCCGGUCACACGCCCACUAAAAGUAAAACUGUAGAAAGGACACGAUAUGACACGUCGUUGAGUUUGCUCACAAAAAAGUUCAUUCACUUAGUCGAAAGCAGUCAGGAUGGUGUGGUGGACUUGAAUAUAGCCUCAGAGAAGUUGGAGGUACAAAAACGUCGUAUAUACGACAUUACUAAUGUUUUAGAGGGCAUCGGUAUCUUAGAGAAGAAAAGUAAAAACAAUAUUCAAUGGAAAGGCGGUCUGUUACCGAACAAUCGGAACGAUAUCGCUAAUCUCAGACGGGAGGUCGCAGAUUUGGAAGCUAAAGAGAACACCCUAGAUCGAUUGAUUCACGGUGCCGAUAAGAACCUUCGCGAACUCUGCGCGGACAGACAAUACGCUUAUGUGACGUAUCAUGAUUUACGUUCAGUCUCAAUGUACAAAGACCAAGUUAUUAUGGCUGUGAAAGCCCCCCCGGAAGCUACCCUCCAUGUCCCACAACCGAUCAAUAACUUUGGUCAACAAAAGCUUCAAAUGCACAUGAGGUCGGAACACGGAGAGAUAGAUGUAUUUCUGUGUCCUGAGGAUCCCACAGUCAAAACAUUAUCCUAUCCCGGGUAUGCGACAACGCAAUCUGUGCCUCAAUCAAAAGAAUCCGAUAUACCUUGUUUGCCUCCUGAAUUGUUGGUUAAUCGAGAAAGCGACGAGCGAAUUGAGCCAGUACCUUCCGAUGAGAGUUUCAUAAAUACUCGUCUAUGUACCCCUGUACCUACAGUUACCAGUAUGAAGGAUGCAUUCUUAUACGAAUCCGAUGAUUAUGGACCAAUGGGCGGUGGCAAAUUCCAACUCCAAACAGAGGACCAAAUCAGUUCAGAUCUGAGUAUUCUUGAUUUUGGAGAACAACUACUGACUUUGGAACCACCUCUCUCUGAAAACGACUACUCGUUCUCGUUAGGCACCGAGGAGGGUCUUUCGGAUCUCUUCGAUUUUAAAUUCUAGGAAUAUCGCCGCUUAUUGCACGGACGUUCGUGUCUUUUUGUGGGAUGUUCCUCAAACAGACGGAAUUGCUUCGUCAGUUUUACAAUGCGCCUUCGCGUUACAUAGUGAUGAUUGGCAGUUUCGUUCCGCGCGUCGAUCUUCGCGAGAAAUUGUGAGCAUGCCAAGACGUUUUCAUUUCUUCGAGCACAUAAUUUUCUACCUGGAAUUAUUUUCCAUAUUUUUUAUACUUAUAAGUAUAGAAAAACAUCAAGCUUAAAAGAGGAACAAUAAGAUAGUCGAGGCGCGCCAGAGGCAAUUUCAUAAAUUUUGUAGAAACCAAAGAGAUCAUGCAUGGAAUUCAUCAUAUUUUUCCGUAACAUGAUUUUACACGGUUCGUUAUUAUCUGUCUCAGAUAAAAAUUACAAUGGAAUGUUAUUAAUCUGCCUGCGCUAGAAUAUUUUAAAAUUUUGCGUUUUUUUUUUCGCACUCGUUUUAUUCCGGUUUCGUAGUCGUAUCAUUUUAUAAUUUCUUAUUGUGGAUUACAAACUCUGAAUGUGAGAGAGCCGAACUGCCGAGGCACAAGAUAAACAUAUCAAUAUUGUUAAUGUGUGCUUCCGGCAUGAUAUGAUCUGCGUUGAUCACGUUUGCGGAAUGGAUUGCAAAGAUAUUAAACAAAGAGACAGGAGAGAAAUGAAAGAGGAAAGAAUGUGUUUGUGUUGCGUGUAUGUCUGUGUCUGUGAGCGUACGUGUGUAAGGAGGAAAAAAGAGAAGUUGAAAAGCGAAGGCGCUUUUUCGUGCAAUCUGUAAUAAUAUUGUAAAUUGCUAAGAGGAAUAGAAGAAAGAAUGUAUUUGGAAAUUCAGAGAGAGGACAGACUGUACUCGUGUUGGACAACGAUCUAAUUGCUUUCUCGUAGUUGUCCAACUGUAAAAUGAAUUGAGACGGUUAAAGUCAUCGAAUUCUUUCUGGUACAAAGUUUUGUUUGUUGAUGAGAGGGAGAGGGGAAAGAGGGAUUGUGCGAGGAUUAUUUCAUGCGCGAGCGUGAAAAACGACUGCGUGAGUAUUAUUGAGACUCAGACGAUUUCUUAAAUUAUAUGCAACCGUAGAGUCCGUCGUCCUCCUCGCCCCCCCCCCCUUCCGGACGAUGUAUGUGUUUUUUUUAACAGAUACAUAUUGCCUUGUUAAUAAUAAACCGUUCGACAGUACGGUAAGUCUUAUUUCGCGUGCUUUUGUAACUCCAAUCGGUCGAAUGGCAAAUCAAGAUAAAUAAACGUCGUUUUCCGUUUUAAA